AUGUCUCAGGAACAAGCUGUUGAGGAUCCAUACUUGUAUGACGAUGAUUCAGAGAGUAUUACGCCAGAAAAUUGUUGGACAGUUAUCUCGUCGUUUUUUCAAGAGAAAGGGUUAGUAUCACAACAACUUGAUUCAUUCGAUGAAUUUAUUGAAACGACUAUCCAGGAAUUGGUAUGGGAAGAUUCUCAUUUGAUUUUAGACCAACCGGCACAGCAUACGUCUGAAGAUGAUCAUGAAAACAGACGUUAUGAAAUCACAUUUGGGAAGAUUUAUAUUUCGAAACCUACGCAGACGGAAGGAGAUGGUACGACCCAUCCGAUGUUCCCACAAGAAGCCAGAUUGCGUAACUUGACUUAUUCAUCGCCUUUGUACGUAGAUAUGACUAAGAAGGUACUCAAGUCCGAUGAUAACAAUAGGGUGGAUAAUGAGUUGGAAUGGGUGGAAGAAAAAAUCGAGGAUGAAGGUCCACAAACAAAGGUUUACUUGGGUAAGGUGCCUAUUAUGUUGAGAUCUAAGUUCUGUAUGUUGCGUGGAUUAGGAGAGCACGAAUUUUACGAAUUAAAGGAAUGUCCUUACGAUAUGGGUGGUUAUUUCGUCAUUAACGGGUCUGAAAAGGUCUUGAUUGCUCAGGAAAGAAGUGCCGCCAAUAUCGUUCAAGUUUUCAAGAAAGCAGCACCAUCACCAAUUUCUCAUAUUGCAGAAAUCAGGUCUGCAAUUGAAAAGGGUUCUCGUUUAAUUUCUUCAAUGCAAAUUAAAUUAUAUGGUAGAGAUGACAAGGGUUCGUCUGGAAGAACUAUCAAGGCUACCUUACCAUAUAUUAAGGAAGAUAUUCCAAUUGUUAUUGUCUUCAGAGCGUUAGGUGUUGUGCCCGAUGGUGAUAUUUUGGAACAUAUUUGUUACGAUGCAAAUGAUUGGCAAAUGUUGGAAAUGUUGAAACCUUGUGUGGAAGAGGGUUUUGUAAUCCAAGAGCGUGAAGUUGCGCUUGAUUUUAUUGGGAGAAGAGGUGUUUUGGGUAUAAGAAGGGAAAAGCGUAUUCAAUAUGCUAAAGAUAUUUUACAAAAGGAAUUAUUACCUAAUAUUACUCAAGAAGAAGGGUUUGAAACCAGAAAAGCUUUCUUUUUAGGUUACAUGGUUAACAGAUUAUUAUUAUGUGCCUUAGAAAGAAAAGAACCAGAUGAUAGAGAUCAUUUUGGUAAAAAGAGAUUAGAUUUAGCAGGUCCAUUAUUAGCUAACUUGUUCCGUAUUUUAUUCAAAAAAUUAACAAAAGAUAUCUAUAAUUAUAUGCAAAGAUGUGUUGAAAAUGAUAAAGAAUUUAACUUGACAUUGGCUGUCAAAUCACAAACUAUAACUGAUGGUUUGCGUUACUCUUUAGCAACGGGUAACUGGGGUGAACAAAAGAAGGCAAUGAGUUCCCGUGCUGGUGUUUCUCAAGUUUUGAAUCGUUAUACAUACUCUUCUACUUUGUCACAUUUAAGAAGAACCAAUACUCCUAUUGGUCGUGAUGGUAAGAUCGCUAAACCUAGACAAUUACAUAAUACUCAUUGGGGUCUUGUCUGUCCUGCAGAAACCCCAGAAGGUCAAGCGUGUGGUUUGGUCAAGAAUUUGUCUUUGAUGUCGUGUAUAUCUGUUGGUACUUCAUCAGAACCAAUAUUGUAUUUCUUGGAAGAAUGGGGUAUGGAACCUUUGGAAGAUUAUGUACCAUCGAAUUCUCCUGAUUCAACAAGAGUUUUUGUUAACGGUGUAUGGGUUGGUACCCAUAGAGAACCUGCUCAUUUGGUUGACACUAUGCGUAAUUUAAGAAGAAGAGGUGAUAUUUCUCCCGAAGUUUCUAUUAUUAGAGAUAUAAGAGAGAAAGAAUUUAAGAUUUUCACUGAUGCAGGUCGUGUUUACCGUCCAUUAUUUAUUGUCGACGAUGAUGCAGAAUCUGAAACCAAGGGUGAAUUAAAAUUAAAGAAAGAGCAUGUACAUAAAUUAAUUAAUGCCGAAUAUGAUGAUUACGGCGACGAUCCAGAUAGUUUGAGUUAUUCUUGGUCCUCAUUAGUCAAUGACGGUAUUGUAGAAUAUGUUGAUGCAGAAGAAGAAGAAACCAUAAUGAUUGCUAUGACUCCAGAAGAUUUGGAAACAAGCAGAAGUACUUUAUCAGAGUCAGAACAGAAGGAUAUGCAACUUGAAGAACAAGAAGUUGACCCUGCAAAGAGAAUCAAGCCCACGCUUGGAUUACAUACAUUUACCCAUUGUGAAAUCCAUCCUUCAAUGAUUCUAGGAGUUGCGGCCUCUAUUAUUCCAUUCCCAGAUCAUAAUCAAUCGCCUCGUAAUACUUAUCAAUCUGCUAUGGGUAAGCAAGCUAUGGGUGUAUUCUUAACUAACUAUGCUGUGAGAAUGGAUACAAUGGCUAAUAUCUUAUACUAUCCACAAAAGCCAUUGGCCACUACUAGAUCUAUGGAAUACUUGAAGUUCCGUGAAUUACCAGCUGGUCAAAAUGCAAUUGUUGCUAUUGCAUGUUACUCUGGUUACAAUCAAGAAGAUUCGAUGAUUAUGAACCAGUCAUCAAUUGACAGAGGUUUAUUCAGAUCUCUUUUCUUUAGAUCUUAUAUGGAUUUAGAGAAAAGGCAAGGUAUGAAAGCUUUAGAAACAUUUGAAAAGCCUACAAGAUCAGAUACCUUGAGAUUAAGACAUGGUACAUAUGAGAAGUUAGAUGACGAUGGGUUAAUCGCUCCUGGUGUAAGAGUAAGUGGUGAAGACAUUAUCAUUGGUAAGACAACUCCAAUUCCACCUGAUACAGAAGAAUUAGGUCAAAGAACCCAAUAUCAUACAAAGAGAGAUGCUUCGACACCUUUAAGAAGUACAGAAUCUGGUAUUGUGGAUCAAGUUCUUUUGACUACUAAUGGGGAUGGUGCUAAAUUCGUAAAGGUUAGAAUGAGAACCACAAAGAUUCCACAAAUUGGUGAUAAAUUUGCCUCUAGACACGGUCAAAAAGGUACAAUUGGUGUCACAUAUAGACAUGAAGAUAUGCCUUUUACGUCGCAAGGUGUUGUUCCAGAUUUGAUUAUCAACCCACAUGCUAUUCCAUCUCGUAUGACAGUUGCCCAUUUAAUCGAAUGUUUAUUAUCUAAAGUUUCUUCAUUAUCUGGGCUUGAAGGUGACGCAUCACCUUUCACCGAUGUUACUGCUGAGGCGGUUUCCAAAUUGUUGAGAGAACACGGUUAUCAAUCAAGAGGAUUUGAAGUUAUGUAUAAUGGUCAUACAGGUAAGAAAUUAAUGGCUCAAGUCUUCUUCGGUCCAACUUAUUAUCAAAGAUUAAGACAUAUGGUCGAUGACAAGAUUCAUGCUAGGGCUAGAGGUCCAGUUCAAGUUUUAACAAGACAGCCUGUCGAAGGUAGAUCGAGAGAUGGUGGUUUGCGUUUCGGGGAAAUGGAAAGAGAUUGUAUGAUUGCUCAUGGUGCUGCAGGUUUCUUGAAAGAAAGAUUAAUGGAAGCUUCUGAUGCCUUUAGAGUUCACGUAUGUGGUAUUUGUGGUUUGAUGUCUGUUAUUGCUAACUUGAAGAAGAAUCAAUUUGAAUGUCGUUCCUGUAAGAAUAAGACGAAUAUUUACCAAAUUCAUAUACCAUAUGCAGCCAAGUUAUUAUUCCAAGAAUUAAUGGCAAUGAACAUUUCUCCUAGGUUGUACACUGAAAGAUCGGGCGUGUCAAUCCGUGUCUAA